AUGCCCCGUAUUCAAUGGAUCAAGCUUGGAUUUGCUGCUGAUCAGAAGCUUGGUUUAGCCUCGCCCCUCUCCUUAAGCUACCAUGACGCACGUCGAGUCCCUGAGCCAUACCACUCUUCGUGUGAAGAUGUGGCGACAGACUACCUCCGGUGUUUGCAUAAGCAUAUCAUCGAGACUUUGAAGUCUAAGAUUGGCUCUUCAUUCGACGGUAUGAGCCUGGAGUUUGUUCUAACUGUUCCAGCAAUGUUUCGAUGUGCAGAGAAUGCAGGCUUUGGUGAAAAAGGUACAAUACGUCUAAUCUCCGAGCCUGAAGCGGCUGCAAUCCAUGCGUUGAAUGCAUCUAAUCCUCAUGGAUUAGACAUUGGUGAUACUGUCAUUCUUUGUGAUGCGGGUGGUGGUACGGUUGAUCUUAUAACAUUUUCCAUCGUUGAACGGGAGCCUCAUCUGCGUCUUAAAGAAGAAGCUUCCGGAGAUGGUUCACUCUGUGGCAGUACUUUCUUGAACAGGCUAUUUGAAAAUUUCCUGAAGAACCGAUUAUCCUCAAUCCCGGGAUGGGGCCGUGAUACACUAGAUGAAGCAAUGCAACGCUUCGAGAUGGUCAUAAAGAGAGCUUUCUGUGGAGAUGUAACCCAGGAUUCUAUGAUACCUGUCCCCGGAAUUGCAGAUGACAGCGCGAUCCAUGUUCAUCGAGGUCGACUCAGGGUAAGCGGACAGGAGAUGGCUGACCUGUUUAAGCCCAUUCUCGAAGAGGUUCAUAAGCUUGUGGAUACCCAAGUGAAGAGCUCGAAGAAAAGUGUGAAAGCACUAUUCUUGGUUGGGGGAUUUGGACAGAGUCCGUACCUUCGCAGGUAUCUUCGUGAUGCUCUUCCUCAAGACAUAGAAGUACUGGCUCCAGUUGAUGGGUGGACUGCAGUUGUUAGGGGCGCUUUGAUGAAAUCUCUUGGGGAGAUAUCUCCUUUCGCGGCGAAAGCCUCAGUUGAUUCACGAGUAGCCAGAAAACACUAUGGUGUCAUCUACGACACAGAGUAUAAGAGUGGUAUCCAUGACCGAAAGAAAAGAUACUGGAGUGAUUUUCAUGGGCAUUAUCGCAUCAAAGUUAUGAAAUGGUUUAUUCGGAAGGGAGAUGAGAUCAAAGAAGCUGAACCAAUUGAGACCUCCUGGUUCAGGCACCGACUGUGUAGCGAUGGGAACUUUGACUCAAUCUGCAUCAACCUUUAUGAGCUGGAUACCCCUGUCGAAGAGGAACCCCCUAGGUACUAUAAUCGCCGUAUAAAGAAACUUGGGGUUCUAAAUCCAGAUCUUGAUGCAAUUGAAAAGGCCCGCAUCCCAGUGCGUCUUGGUCAUGAUAAAGAAAAGUACUAUGAAGUCCAUUAUCAAAUACAGGCAACAUAUUUCUCUGCUCACUGUGAAUAUACCCUCUGGUAUGAGGAUAAGGAGCAUGGAACCGUGCGGUUCGACUACGCUUGA